AGAGCAAUGCGAAUCCGGCCAGUUCUGUUAUGAUGACGACCAAACUUGAGUUUGAGUUUGAGUUUUUAUUCAAGCCUCGCUUUAUCCAACAAUAAUGAUGCCUUUAAGAAACUACCAUCUCUCUGAUUUGUCCCUCAGAGCCUCAGUGAGGAGCGGUAUGGAGGCGCUGUGGUUGUGUUACUCUUCUCCGACUCCUAAGGGCGCAAGUCACCUGCUCGCCCUACUUGUUCUCUGUCUCUCAUUGGCUGCUGUAACUGCUUCACUACUUUCCCACUGGCUCAUAGACCUUUUGAAAUACGACAUCCAGACAGCAUUGGUCGCAGUUGGUAUUUAUGCCACAGCGGUGUUUAUCCUGUCAUUUCUCAUCCAUCCGUUCCGAUGCGCCUUCACGCUAAUCUUCCCGACACUGUUCACGCGACAGGGCCGUAAACUGCUCUUGUCCACAUCCGUGAUGAUCGUAGUGCUGUACGUCCUACCCAACAUGGCCGCCAACAUCGCAACACUCACACACGUUGUGAAAUGCGCAUCAGAAAAACUCUCUCAAAGCCUCCUAAGCAGCUCAGAGCUCAUCAACACCGUUAAAGACAACAUCGUCGGGAGUGCAGAGGAGACAGUGGAUGGGAGUUUAGUGCAAACGCUGCACGAUUUUGAUCAUACCACUCACAUUAAUGUGUCGGAAGUGAAGGGACGGUUGCACGUAUUGAGUCUGCGAGUGCAGGAGGAUUUCUCUGAAGUUAAAAGUCAAGUACAGGACCUGAAACUGCUAUUCAGCAGAAUCUUUGCUGCUGUUUUCGUUCUGUAUUUGUUCAGCGAGUCUGUCAUGUACCUUCGGUCUUAUCUGACGUCUGUAAGAUUUGACAACACGUAUAUCACAGGUGGGCUCAGGAGAAAAGGGGCUGAAAAAGGGAUUGUGGUUAAAGCAAAGGAUGUGAAAAACGGAGUAAACUCCACCAGUUUCAGAAUCACUAAAAAGGAACUUGUGAAAUGUCUGGCUCCAGCAAUAGUGAUCACUCUGUACCUGCUAAUGACAAUCUUUUUGAUAGUUCUGGACCACUUCUUGUAUUACUUGGUGAAAACAGGUGGGCUUUGGAUUUCAAACAUGCCAUCCACCAACAUCAGCAUCAGCGUAGACUUCAAGGUUGGAACGGAGAUGGCCAUUUGCCGGUUCUUUAGCUCAGACUGUCUGAUAGAAUUGUUCAACUUCAACAGGACUUACACAGCCUUGAUUCACUCUGAUCCAAACGUGUGUGAGGCGCAAUCCAGUAAGCUGAACCCAAGUGUGGUAGCGGCGCUGGUGUUCCUCUAUGUGUUCAGCUACACCCUACUGCCUCUGGAGGUCUACGCUCAACGCCUUCGGAGGAAAGUAGCUGCUUCUUUCUUCCAGCAGCAGGAGGAGAGAAGGGUCGAGUUCCUUAUUAACAAAAUUCAAGCUAAACAAAAAGAAAGACAGAAUGAGGCUUUCUUUAUAGAACCCAAGCAUCAAGAUAAAAUCUCUGGGACGAUAGAUAAGCUAUAAUCCACUUAAAGGGUUAGUUCACAUACAAAUUAGUGCAUGUUUUGCCCUCAAAGCAUCAUGGGUGUAUAUGACGUCUAAUUUUUGGGUGAACAAACCCUUUUAUAUCGGACUGUAUGUUAUACAUUUUACAGAAUUGUAAAUACCGUACUCAAAAAGUGUACAUUCAAAUUAGUGUAAAAGCGUUUGGUUAAGCAACAUUUAUUUUUAACGUUUUUAUUUCAUAUAUCUCUUGUUUAUUUAUACUGCAGUGAAGUGGCGUGCUUCUGACCUAUGACGCUAUGAAAGAAAAAAAAUACCUCAGUGUUUAACAGAGUGACAACAGCUUUCUGCUUUUACCUUAUACUUCACAAUCCAUUAGGGGCCGUGCUAUUGACAAGCUGUAGCACAGUGCCUGAUCUGCAGAGACCGGAUGAUAGAAACAUGACACUAAUGGACAGGAAAUCGUCUCACAUCACAGCAAGAAGGACCUGUAAAUAUGUACAGGUUAUAUUAUAUGUGUAUAUUAUAUAUGUGCAUAUUACACAAACUGUAAUCAGAGAGACGAGUUUAUUUUUCUUUCUCUUUUGUGAGAAAGAUCUCAUGACUCACUUAUGUCAAACUGAACAGGUCUGAAUAUGUGAACCCGCAACGUUUAUUUUUAAUAAGGUCUCCGAUGAUUUCAGUUAGAUUUCAGCAGUUUGUGUAAUGCAGAUUAUAAGAAUUAAAAUGCACAUAGAGGGCGAAAAUGAUCAUGCAAAGAUGCAUUACGUGUUUUUGACAAAUGAAGAAUGUGUUGGUUUUAGUUUCAUAAUUCACGUCAAAUGACUUAUAUUACAUUACAAUUCUGUACUGCAUCUGUUUUGUACGAUUCACAUGCAUAGCUGAAAGGGAUAUCUUAAAUAUCUUAAAAAUGUCUCAAUUAUCCAUGAGUUUUGAAACCGACUGAUUGAAAUGUCUCUUGCUCCACAGGAGAAAGAGAGUCAUACAGGACGAAUAAUUGAUGACAGAAAUGUUCCUUUAAGAAAAAACAAUGACACCUAUGGCUUUUGCCUUCACACAUUUAUGCAGUUUCAGUCCUUUUCUGUGACUCAAAGCAAUUGCGUACUGCCUGACUCGAAUGACAUUUUUACAUAGCCUAUAUACUUAAUGAAUUUCUACCACGUCUUAAACUCAGAAAUAGAGAGCAAGUGUCGAAUUAAAUCUCCAAAGAAUGUUGCUUUUUCAAUGUUUCUUUUGGAACCUGAUCACAAAGGAAACUUGUUAUCGAAACGCCAUAUUAAUUUUCUGGUCUUUCUGAAGAGGUGUAAUAGUUGCCAUAAAGAGUUACAGCUACACUGGCAGGCACUUUAUCUAGACUAUAUUAAGACUUUGUUUCAAGUCCACCAAGAGCACAUAUGAGAGAGGUAUAAAGACACUUUGUAGCUUUGUCCAGCUCCAUCAGUGGAAAGUUCAGUGCUCACUUUCAUGAGCUGCACAUUAUUCUUGCCUCUGUCACAGCACACUCACAAAGCUCCGCUGCAGAGCCACUAUCGUCUGUCUCAUAGCAACUGCCUCUUUAAGCUGUCCGCAUCGCCGUGACAUUUUAAAGCUAAUACACUGAUAAAACCAUUUUCUGGGAAAGAUACUGCAAGCAUUAGUCAAAGAAACAACAGAAAGACAUGCAAAGCCAGAUCUUGAAAAGGUAAUUAUUAGCAUUAAAAUGUUUCAGAGAAAAGCCAGCGAGAGCCCUUCAGUAAGGUCAGAUAAUGGAUGAUAAUGGAAAUACGCAGAGUGUCGGACGCAAAACAAGAAAGGAAAGGCAGCGAAUGAAGUCUACUACACAGGAUGUCACGAAGAUGAGCUGAACGAAACUGCUUCUAAAAAAGAACACCUUCACGUAACUCCAAAACCCAGAAGGAGAAAUUUAUCUCCAGGAGGGGAAAGUUUAAUGAGGAGAUAUAUUACCAUUUUUUCCACACAAGAACAAUAAAUGGGAACUGAAAUUUUAACUACCAUAAAA